AUGGAGGCUCCUGCCCGCUGCCGGUCCCACGCUGCUGGAGCGGCCAAUGAGACUCCUCUGAGCAGCGGCUCCCUGGUCUCCUUAGACUCCAGCGUAUUCUGCAGCGAGGGUGAUGGAGAGCCCCUGGCCCUAGGCGACAGCUUCACGGUCAACGUGGGCGGCAGCCGCUUCGUCCUAUCCCAGCAAGCGUUGUCCUGUUUCCCGCACACGCGACUGGGCAAGCUGGCCGUGGUGGUGGCGUCCUGUCGCCACCCUGGCACCCUGGCAGCGGCAUCCAGCACCCUGGAGCUCUGCGACGACGCCAACCUAGUAGACAAUGAGUACUUCUUCGACAGGAGCUCACAAGCUUUUCGCUACAUUCUACACUACUACCGAACUGGCCGUCUACAUGUCAUGGAGCAGCUGUGCGCUCUCUCCUUCCUGCAAGAGAUCCAGUACUGGGGAAUCGAUGAGCUAAGCAUAGACUCCUGCUGUAGGGACAGGUACUUGAAAAGAAAGGAGCUGAGUGAGACCUUAGAUUUCAAGGAUGAUACUGAAGAUCAGGAGAGUCAUCAAGAAAGUGACCAGGAUUUUUCUCAAGGGUUCUGCCCUACUUCCCGUCAGAAGCUCUGGGACAUUCUUGAAAAACCUGGGUCUUCUACGGCCGCCAGGAUCUUUGGGAUCAUCUCCAUCAUCUUUGUGGUCGUAUCCAUUGCCAACAUGGCCCUCAUGUCAGCUGAACCGAGCUGGCUGGACAUGCAGCUAUUGGAGGCUCUGGAGUACCUGUGCAUUACUUGGUUCACAGGAGAGUUUGCCCUGCGCUUGCUCUGUGUCAGGAAUAGGUGUGGCUUCUUGAGAAAGGUGGCAAACAUCAUUGACCUCCUGGCCAUCCUUCCCUUUUAUAUUACUCUAUUGGUGGAGAGCCUGAGUGAAAGUGAAACCACACAAGAGCUGGAAAAUGUGGGGCGUAUCGUGCAGGUUUUAAGGCUACUCAGAGCUCUGCGCAUGCUAAAGCUGGGCAGACAUUCAACAGGCUUGCGGUCACUAGGAAUGACACUCACUCAGUGUUAUGAAGAGGUUGGCUUGCUGCUCCUAUUUCUCUCCGUGGGCAUUUCAAUAUUUUCCACCGUGGAAUAUUUUGCUGAGCAAAGCAUGCCAGGCACAACUUUCACAAGUGUGCCCUGUGCAUGGUGGUGGGCAACAACAUCCAUGACUACUGUAGGGUAUGGUGACAUAAGACCAGACACCACCACAGGCAAAAUUGUGGCCUUCGUUUGUAUAUUAUCAGGGAUACUGGUUUUGGCCUUACCUAUUGCUAUUAUUAAUGACCGCUUUUCUGCCUGCUAUUUCACUCUGAAACUGAAGGAAGCAGCUAUUCGACAGCGUGAAGCCUUGAAGAAGUUGACAAAGAAUAUUGCCACUGACUCCUAUAUCAGUGUUAACUUGAGAGAUGUUUACGCCCGAAGUAUAAUGGAAAUGCUCCGAUUGAAAGGCAGAGAAAGAGCAAGUACUAGAAGCAGUGGAGGAGAUGACUUUUGGUUUUAA